UAGGCAGGUCCAAGCCCCUUCCCACUGCACCCAGGCUGUGCAAGGCGGGUGAUCAGGAUUUUUGGCGGACAGGGGGUGAGUAUUGGAGGACAAGUGUCUGCAGACUGGGACUGAAAUGCAACCGGAAGCCGGGUUCUACUUCUCUCUAACCCGCAGCGAACGCCCCAGGGGCCUUGCGAAAGCAAGAUGCCUGGACAGGCUUGUGAGGUCACGGGCAGCCCCGCAGAAGCAGCACCUUUAGCGAUGCAUUGUCCGUUUUCCUUGCAAAGUUCCUCAGCUGCUCCGGGAAAGUUCUGGCAAUCUUUGGCUAGGCUCAUCUGAAUGACUGGAUCACGGAAGCGAGCAGGCUUCGCUGUCGCUCCUGCACCUGCAGCGCCGAGCGCAGCGGCCAGGUGGCGCUGUACUGCUCCGCGCGUCCCGCCGCGCCCCGCCCCGGGAAAAGCGAAAGCGGCUCUGGCGGAGGACGUGGGACACACCACCAAGGGCGCGCGCGGGGGGGGGUAUGACCGGGAGCCGUGCGCGCGACUCCAACCGGCGGCGCUGCUGCCUCCGGCGCGCCUCCCCCUUGGACUGCUGGAAGAGGUGGUGCGCUCCGAGCGGUUCCCGGAGUUCCCAGGCUCCCGGGCAGGCCCGCAGCAGGCACCUGAGCACCGGGUUCCUGGGCACCCGGCGCCCGCUGCCAAGAUGCUGGGGCUCCUGGUAGCGUCCUUAGCCCUGGCGCUCGCCUUCUUUGCGCUGCUGGACGGCUGGUACCUGGUGCGCGUGCCGUGUGCUGUUCUGCGCGCACGCCUGCUGCAGCCGCGCGUCCGCGACUUGCUGGCCGAGCAGCGGUACGCGGGCCGGGUGCUGCCGUCGGAUCUGGACCUGCUGCUGCACAUGAACAACGCGCGCUACCUGCGCGAGGCCGAUGUGGCUCGCGCCGCGCACCUGACCCGUUGCGGUGUGCUGGGGGCGCUGCGCGACCUGGGCGCGCACACGGUGCUGGCCGCCUCGUGCGCGCGCUAUCGCCGCUCGCUGCGCCUGUUUGAGCCGUUCGAGGUGCGCACCCGCUUGCUAGGCUGGGAUGACCGCGCCUUCUACCUGGAGGCGCGCUUUGUCAGCCUUCGCGACGGCUUCUUGUGCGCCUUACUGCGCUCCCGGCAGCACGUGCUGGGCACCUCGCCGGAUCGCGUAGUGCAGCACUUGUGCAAGCGCAGGGUGGAGCCCCCUGAGCUACCAGAAGACUUGAAGCACUGGAUCGCCUACAAUGAGACCAGCAGCCAGCUGCUCCGUGCUGAGAGUGGGCUCAGUGACACCCCAAAGGACCAGUGACUGCCACGUCUGCGCCCUCCCUACCCUGCCUGUCAGCCGGUCCAUUCCACAAAGUGGGCCACCUGGGCUGCACUCCUAGCCGGAGUGGCCUCGGAUAAGCCUGGCUCCUUUUACCCGCUUGACACUCCUCUGUGCUUACCUCAUCUUGGGCAGCUGUUGGGGUGGACGUUGUCCUGGCCCAGCUCUGCCUCCUGGGUCCCCAUAGCAUGACUGUUCGUGUGCCCAGAUGAGCAGGAUCCUGCAGCAGCGGAAGGGCCAGCACAGAGCCCAAAGCCAGGGCUGCUUGUGGCCAGGCAGGCCACAGUAGUCCUGGGUGUGGCUGGGACCUGCAGCUUACUCAGGGACAGCGGGCCCUCUGGAGGGUCACCUUAGACCAGGGAAGAUCGGGCCAGGACCAGCCCAAAGGGCCCCUUGGAACACAGAAGGGCGAAUGGAAGUUGGUCCCUGGCUAAGAUUCUGGUGAUGCCCACCACUAAGAGGAUGCACCCUGUCUAGCCAGGUCACCAAGGCCAGGAGCCCUGGUGUAGGGGGUCCCAUGACCAUGCUGAGCACCUGCCCUGUCAGCUCAGGGAGGGGGAACAGCUGCUUGAAACUAGGCACUGCCUCCUUGCUACCUCUCUGGGAACCAUACCUAGAGCCAGAGCCAAGAGCUUCAGUGAUGCCCUGACCCUCACCUGCACCCCCCUUAGCCUCCCAUGCUACUGUGCUUGCCUUAGUACUAUCAAGGGGAAGCUGCAAUCUGUUUUAUUUAAAGAAAGCACAAGAUUAAAGAGUUUAAAAGGCA